AAAUCAGCUGGAGGAGUUUUGCUGCCCAAAUCAGCCGUUAAAUUUGAGCGGUAUCUUAUGGGAGAAAUUCUUUCUGUUGGUGCUGAGGUUGGGGAAGUCAAGGCUGGAAAGAAGGUUCUUUUCUCGGACAUAAAUGCAUAUGAGGUGGAUUUGGGAACAGAUGGCAGACACUGCUUCUGCAAAGAGAGUGAAUUGCUGGCCGUAGUUGAAUAAAGUUUCAGCUACGGGUAGGUACAUUGUUUUACAGGAUUAUUUUGUGAAACUUUUCAUUGUCAAGAUGGUUUUCCAUGCAGUGUUUCCAACUCCCAAAACUAUAUAUUCAGUUCAAAUUUGUUAAGUACAUGCUAUUUCUGCAUAUGCAUUGAUUGCAUGGGUUUUGUAUUAUUUAAUCUCCAAUGUUGACACUUUAGAAAAUAUUGAUAGGAAAUUAGGAGAGGGGAGAGGAAGGCAUGAUUUUACAGAA